GAGUCGUCCAUUGAAUGGAGUUGUCCUCAGACUCCAACAUCUCACCGCAACAGUGCGAGCGCCGAUCGAUGUCAUUCAGUCGGUCGGCCGAUCAACAACAUUUGAUCCACACAAGGCAUCCCCGUGUCGAAGUGACCCGCAUUGUCAACAUCCGACACACAAAAUUUCGUUGCGGAUUGCUGCGAAAGCGUGCGAGAGCCUGCCGGGAAUCAAUCCGAAAGCAUGCCGAUGGUUUGCAGCAAGUCCUACAGUUCCAUCGAGAAGGAUGAUCGAGUCUUCCGCUGCUGUACUCGAAAUACCACGGAGGGCGCCUUGGGCAGAACAAGAUGCUCGCUGAUGCAGCGCAUGGUUGCCGAAGCCGAGAUCACGACCAUGGAGCAAAAGUACAGCAUCGUGGCCUGGGUCGCCGAGUUCUGGUGCACCAUGACGUCGCCGCUGUUUGGCCUGCCCUUGAUCAUAUACCUCUAUGUGCCGAUCGACCGCAUUCCGCUCCUGCUGAACGUUUGCAUCCUGGCCACCUGCGUGUGUGCAGUGGCCUCGACCGUCUACCAUAUGACCAACUACCGGGUAUUCUCGGCAGCCGACGAGGCUUUUGCUGUCAUGACAUUCUAUCUGAACUCGGUCGCCCUGAACCGACACUCGCCCAACUCCCACAGCAUCUGGAUGCUCGAGGCCGUGUGGAUCUUGCCAGCAGCCGUGAUUCUGCUGCUGUUCAUCUGGCAGUGGGAAACCACUGGCUCGAUCGCUGUCUGGCUCUUUGCCCUUGGGCUUCCCAUGGCUGCCUGUGGGUUCGCUUCGGUUGGAUGCUACAGCGGUCUGGCCUUUGGCUGUCUUGGACUGCUGUGCUUUGCGGCGGAUCGCAUGCGCUUUGCGUGCCUGCAUUCGUUCUGGCACUUAUUUGGAGGGGUUUCGCUGCUUGUCAGCAUCUCGCACACAGUGGGGCUUGUGCUCAGCGUUUGAUCGACAGCCUGCGCUGUGGCAGCGAGCGACGAACGAUUCGAAUACAUAUCUGAUCCAGCCAAGCGCCGUGCCGAUGCUGUGG